AUGAGGCGGGUCGCUGCUGGCGGUGUAAUUGGCAAGCGAUCGGAAGUGCAGUGGAGGGGCGCGCAGAGGUGGCGUGUUUCACACCACUCAGUCGGGCCAGGCGCCGGUGCCGAGCUGCACGCUACGGCCAUGGAGGCCUGCGACCCGCUCGUGCACGCCGACGUCUACCGGAGGCUGCCGCACCAAGAUAGCGAGGACAGCGAGACGGAGGGCGGUCUGGGCAACGUGGCGCGUGUCGUGAUGCGGCCGCCCGGCCAGAGCGGCAAGGCCAAGCGCGGACACCUCUGCUUCGACGCCUCCUUCGAGACCGGUAACCUUGGACGAGUGGACCUCAUCUCGGAGUUUGAAUAUGACCUCUUCAUACGUCCAGACACCUGUAAUCCUAGGUUCCGCCUGUGGUUCAACUUCAUCGUCGACAAUGUGAGAACCGAUCAGAGGGUGAUAUUCAACAUUGUUAACUUCAGCAAGACCAAGAAUCUCUUCCGAGACGGAAUGACGCCACUGGUAAAAUCAACUAGUCGUCCAAAGUGGCAGCGCAUGCCCAACAAGCACGUGUACUACUACCGGUCCCCGGAGCACCAGCAGCAGCACGUGCUGAGCUUCGCGUUCGCCUUCGACCGCGAGGAGGACGUGUACCAGUUCGCGCUCACCUACCCCUACUCCUACUCUCGCUGCCAGGCGCACCUCGACCUGCUCGAGCGCAAGGCUUUCCCGCACUUCAAGCGAGAGCUGCUUGCUACGUCCGUGCAACAACGGAGAGUGGAUCUACUGACGAUUACACAGCCCAAUAACAUGACUCCCGGAGGGAAACGGCAGCAUGUGGUGGUAAUUCUGAGUCGUAUACACCCUGGAGAAUCACCCACUUCCUACGUCUGCCAGGGGCUGAUUGACUUCAUGGUGAGCAGUCAUCCCAUUGCAGUCACUCUUCGCGAACACGUCGUUUUUAAGGUGAUUCCCAUGAUGAAUCCCGAUGGAGUCUUCCUGGGAAACUACAGGUCAACGCUGACAGGGUUCGAUUUGAACCGCACGUGGCAUCAGAUCUCUCGCUGGGCUCACCCCGAGCUGCACGCAGUGCACACCAUGCUCACCGAACUGGACCAGAACAAGGACGUGGACCUGGACUUCGUUCUCGAUGUCCACGCCCAUUCAAGUUUGCAAGGUGUUUUUAUCUACGGAAAUACUUAUAACGACGUUUACAGAUACGAGAGGCAUAUUGUAUUCCCGAAGAUGUUAGCUCAGAAUGCAGAGGACUAUACGCCUACAAACACAAUGUACAACAGAGACGUCACCAAGCAAGGUACAACACGUAGAUUCUGCUGUACGGCGCUGAAGGACUCCGUCAACAGCUAUACACUUCAAGUAUCGCUCUUUGGAUACCAGAGCCCAAACAACUCGUCUCUUUUCUACUAUACCGAGGAAUCUUACUGCCGACUGGGCCGUAACGUGGCGCGUGCCUUCCUCGACUACUAUCGCGCUGUGGGCGUCGUCACAUCGCCACCGGCUGCCGCCACGCCGGCCUCUUCGGCCCGCCGUCGCUCGCGCCGCCCCCGCCGCCCUCGCUCCAGGCCGCCACGCGCCGCCACAGCGCGCAGCCCGGCCACGCUGCCAGUGACGGUGCUGUCCGGGGAGUCAAGCUCCGGGUCUCCAUCGCCGCCGCCGCCGGCCGCUGGAGGCCGCUGGAGGCUGCGGUCGGCCGCCUUGCCGCUGGCACUGCACAGGGCCACUCUGGACCAGCCGUCCCCGCACGCACACUUGCUCACACAGCGGCCCCCGCUGCUGCAGGUGCCUUCUCCACUCAUCUAUUUACUGCUCCGCAGAUCUUCUGCUCUCAAGACCAACUUCUACGCCUCCCCACUCCUAUCCCACCAACUUGGCAACUAA